CGCACGCGGUCACGUGAGCGUCAUCUCUCCAGCCUUGCUUUUGCUUCCCGCUCCGUUCCGAGCUACAGUCCGAUGGAGGAGGAGGAUGAGGAGGCGCGGGCGCUGCUUGGGGACCGGCCCGAGGGGGAUAGCGCGGUCCGGGGCGCCCCGCGCGCUCUGUCCGCGCUCUGCGACCCCAGCCACCUGGCGCACCGGCUCGUGGUGCUCCUGCUGAUGUGCUUCCUCGGCUUCGGUAGCUACUUUUGCUAUGACAGCCCCGCUGCCCUCCAGACUCAAAUUAAACGGGACAUGCAAGUGAAUACCACGAAAUUCAUGCUGCUGUAUGCCUGGUAUUCUUGGCCCAAUGUAGUCUUGUGUUUCUUGGGUGGCUUUUUGAUAGACCGAAUAUUUGGAAUACGAUGGGGCACGGUUAUUUUCAGCUGCCUUGUUUGCGUUGGGCAGGUUAUUUUUGCUCUGGGUGGAAUAGUUAAUGCGUUUUGGCUGAUGGAGUUUGGGAGGUUUGUGUUUGGAAUUGGAGGAGAGUCCUUAGCAGUUGCCCAGAACACAUACGCCGUGAGUUGGUUUAAAGGCAAAGAAUUAAAUCUGGUGUUUGGACUCCAACUCAGCAUGGCCAGAAUUGGAAGCACAGUGAACAUGAACCUCAUGGGAUGGCUGUAUACUAAAAUCGAGACUUCAUUGGGCACCGCUGGCCACCUGACCCUGGGAGUGACACUCAUGAUUGGGGGUGUAACGUGCAUUCUUUCACUAAUCUGCGCCCUGGUCCUUGCCUAUUUGGAUCGGAGAGCAGAGAAAAUCCUUCAUAAAGAGCAAGGAAAAACAGGUGAAGUCAUUAAGCUAACUGACAUAAAGGACUUCUCCUUGCCCCUGUGGCUGGUCUUCCUCAUCUGUGUCUGUUACUACGCAGCGGUGUUCCCGUUCAUCGGCCUGGGCAAAGUUUUUUUCAUAGAGAAAUUUGGAUUUUCUCCCCAGUCAGCAAGUGCAAUUAACAGUAUCGUGUAUGUCAUAUCAGCUCCCAUGUCCCCAAUAUUCGGACUCCUGGUGGACAAAACUGGGAAGAACGUCAUCUGGGUCCUGUGUGCAGUAGCUACCACUCUCGUGUCCCACAUGAUGCUGGCCUUCACCUUCUGGAACCCGUGGAUUGCUAUGUGUCUCCUGGGACUCUCUUACUCAUUGCUUGCCUGUGCUUUGUGGCCAAUGGUGGCAUUUGUAGUUCCGGAACACCAGCUGGGAACUGCGUACGGGUUCAUGCAAUCCAUUCAGAACCUCGGGCUGGCCGUCAUUUCCAUCCUUGCUGGCAUGAUACUGGAUUCUCGGGGAUACUUGCUUUUGGAGGUUUUCUUCAUUGCCUGUGUUUCUUUGUCACUUUUAGCCGUGGUCUGCCUGUAUUUGGUGAAUCGUGCCCGAGGUGGGAAUCUAAAUUAUUCUGCAAAACAAAGGGAAGAAUUGAAACUUUCUCAUACCGAAUAGCACCCUGAAAUGACUGUCUUGAGAACGGGCAGCGUGCAUCCCUGAUUGGAAACCUUCAUGAAGAUCUUUCUCUUUUUACAAAACAGUUAUUUAGAAAAAUAUCAGAGUGGAAAAUAUAUUUAUAUUUCAACUAUACCUACAAAAAGUGUGUUCCUGUAGACCACUUUAGCCUGUGGUUUUUAUAGCAUGAGUUACUAAAGAAUUCUAAUCAACAGGGAACACUUAGGAAAUUGGUCUGGAACGUUCAACCAGAUUUAAGAAGGACCAGACGCAGUGGUCGGUCUGCAUAUUCUAUUGGGGUAGUUUUUAGUACCUGCAUUUUCAGGGUGAACAUUUUCUAUGUAUUAUAAAAGGGAAAAGAAAUAUGAGGGAUGGUAGAGAAGGCUGUUACAUAUAGAAUAAAUGACAUUUUCGCAGUCA